AUGGACAAGGCGUGGAUGAAAUUACCAAGAUAUAGCCCAAAAUACAUUAAUGGUGUUGAAGUUUUUCUGAAUUAUGCGUACACAAAAGGAAACCCUGAAGGAGUAGAGAUUUUGUGCCCUUGUGCUAAAUGCCACAAUGCUUUUUGGAGGACAAGGGCAGUGGUGCUUGAUCAUUUAAUUGGAUACGGAUUUGAAAAAGGAUAUGAUGUUUGGGUUCGUCAUGGUGAGGGGCUAAUAAACCCGAUGGAUCUUAAUGGUGAUAUGGAUGAUAGAGAGGAUGCAAUUGAUGAUAUUGAUGGACUAUUGUAUGAACAAUUUAGAGAUGUGGCACAAGAAGAAAAUGGAGUUGGCGAAGGCCCUAAUGAAGAUGCUAAAAAGUUCUAUAAUCUACUUGAAGAUGCAAAGCAAGAGUUGUACCCGGGUUGCAAAAACUUCACUAAAUUGUCAUUCACUAUUCGACUGUAUUUGUUGAAGUGCCUUUAUGGUUGGAGUAAUGCAUCUUUCAAUGCUUUAUUAGUGCUGUUGAGAGAAUCUAUGCCUCAAUUGAAUAUUCCCGAUUCAUUAAACAAAACUAGAGGCAUGAUAAGGGAUUUGGGGCUUGAUUAUAAAAAGAUUGAUGCUUGCCCUAAUGACUGCAUGCUAUAUUGGAAAGAUCACGAGAAUGACACCUCUUGCCAUGUUUGUGGAGCUCCACGAUGGAUUGAGAAUGUUGAAGGAGAUCGCCAACUUGAGGAAAAUAAGAAAGCUUACAAAAUUUCCGGUAAAGUUUUGAGACACUUCCCCUUGAUUCCUAGGCUUCAAAGGUUAUUUUUGUGUUCAAAGACAGCUGGCUCAUUAAGGUGGCAUGAAGAGGAGCGUUCAAAGGAUGGAAAGUUAAGGCAUCCCGCGGAUGGAGAGGCGUGGAAAGACUUCGAUAAAUGUCAUCCUAACUUUGCCAGUGAUUCACGAAACAUAAGGCUUGGAUUGACCAGUGAUGGAUUUAAUCCUUUUAGAUCCAUGAAUGUGUCUCACAGUACUUGGCCUGUGGUUUUGAUACCAUAUAACUUUCCACCUUGGUGGUGUAUGAAGGCUGAGUAUGCUAUGCUAUCUUUAUUAAUCCCUGGCCCGCAAUCACCAGGGAAUAAUAUUGAUGUGUACCUCCAACCAUUGAUUGAGGAGUUGAAGUUAUUGUGGGAUUCAGGAGUAGAAACAUAUGAUUCUUCACUAAAUCAAACUUUUCAAAUGCGAGCAGCUCUAUUGUGGACUAUCAGUGAUUUUCCUGGGUAUGCUAUGUUGAGUGGGUGGAGUACAAAAGGGAAAUUAGCAUGUCCUUGUUGCAAUUAUAACACUAAUUCAACUUAUUUGAGGUAUAGUCGAAAGAUGUGUUAUAUGGAUCAUCGUAUUUUUUUGCCUAUGGAUCAUGAAUAUAGAUCAAAUACAAGGGCUUUUAAUGGGAGAAAAGAAUCCAGGCCUCCGCCAACUUUGUUGAAAGGGAAAGAUACCUUAGAAUUAUUAGAAAACUUCAAUAAUGUCUUUGGAAAGAUGCAAACAAAACUUACCAAUGGUCCUUGGAAGAAAAAAUCAAUUUUUUUUGAGUUGUCAUAUUGGAAGCACAAUAGCUUGCGCCAUAACCUUGAUGUGAUGCAUAUAGAGAAAAAUAUAUUUGAUAAUAUAAUUGGGACUUUGUUGGAUAUCCCAGGGAAGACAAAAGAUCAUGAAAAAGCUCGUUUUGACUUACAAGACAUGGGCAUUAGAAAGAAACUUCAUCCCAAAGAGACAAAUGAAGGUAAAAAUAUAAUGUUCUCAAAAGCAUGUUUCUCCAUGACUCCGAAUGAGAAGACUAUUUUCUGUGGUGUUUUAAAGAAAGCAAAAAUACCAGAUGGUUGUGCGUCAAACAUCUCAAGAUGUGUUCAUGUUGCUGAGAAGAAAAUUUAUGGUUACAAAAGUCAUGAUGCACAUUUCAUUCUACAUUACUUGCUACAAGUAGCUGUGAGAAGCACAAUGUCCAGCCAGGUUUCCCACCCUUUAAUUCGUCUUUGUUCAUUUUUUUGUUGCUUAUGCCAAAAAGUAAUUGACGUGGGGGAUCUUAAUAUCUUGCAAUCAGAGAUUACUGAAACACUUUGCCAGUUGGAGACAAUUUUUCCUCCUAGUUUUUUUGAUAUAAUGGUUCAUUUGCCUAUACAUCUAGUGGAUGAGAUAAAAUUAGGAGGGCUAGUACAAUUUCGAUGGAUGUACUUUCCAGAAAGAUAUUUAGGUAAAUUGAAGAGUUAUGUUCGUAACAAGAGUCGACCAGAAGGUUCUAUUGCUGAGGGAUACUUGGUUGAGGAAUGCUUAACAUUAUGCUCACGAUAUUUGCAUGGUGGUGUAGAAACAAGGCUUAAUAGAAUGACAAGGAAUAGUGAUAGAUGUGAUCCUUGUGAAGUUGGCAUUGGUCAUUCUAUUGGAAGUGCAAAAGUAAUUUCUCUGGAAUACAAGUUAAGGAGUCAAGCCCACCGUUACAUCUUGUUUAAUCAUGAUGAAGUUCAAGAAUUCAUUAGGGAUCAUGAAAACGUAAUUACAAAUGUUAAAAAAAGAAAGAAGUGGAGCAAAGCAAAGAGUCGAGGACAAGAUUUCGUUGAGUGGUUCAAAAAUCGUGCUUUGAUGGAUGAUGUACCUGACCACCUUAAGGAGCUAUCUAGAGGACCAAAUACAAUUGCAAGAUGUUUUUCUAGCUAUGUCAUUAAUGGUUACCGGUUUAAUACAAAACAACGUGAUGCAAAACGCAAGACACAAAAUAGUGGUGUUUCGGUGGUGUCAGUGACCCAAAGCUUUGCUAGCACUAAAGAUGAAAAUCCAACAACAAAACCAAUAGCAUACUAUGGAUCAAUUAUUGAAAUAAUUGAACUGGACUACUAUGGUAGUUCUAAAUUUGUGUUAUUUCGAUGUGAUUGGUAUGAAGUUGAGGAUGACAAGUAUGGGUUGACUUGUGUUUACUUCAAUAAGAGAUGUUAUGUAGAUGAUCCUUUUGUGUUGGCUUCUCAGGUCCACCAAUGCUUCUAUAUUGAAGAUCCUUUUGAUGCUAAUAGAAAAUAUGUUAUGAAGACCGUUCCACGAGACUUUUUUAAUAUGAAAGAUGAUAUAAAUUCAAAUGCCCAGGAGUUAUAUCAAAGCGAGCCAUCAUAUCAUGCUAUAAAUCUAGCUAUAGUUGAUUCCAAUUAUGAAGUCGAGUUGGUCAGGGAUGAUAUGCCGGCGACGGUUAUUGAAAAUCCAUUGCUUAAGUCAAAUAUGGUGGAAUCCGAAGAUGAAUUAGAUUUUGAUGCCACUUUGUCAGAAUCCAUGGAUUAG